AUGGGAAGAAGCUUGGGUCAAAGAGAGACGAAAAUACAGCCCAUACAAGACUUGGAGCAGCGAAGAAUUGUCUUCUCCAAAUGUAAGCGAGGGCUUUUCAAGAAAGCAGCUGAGCUUUCUAUACUGUGUGGUGCAGAUACUGCCAUAGUAGUCUUUUCUCCUCAAGGAAAUAUUGUUCACUCUUUCGGUAGUCCUUCUGUUGAAUCCAUUAUAAAUCGGUUUCUUAGCCAAGACCCUCGAGUUAAUCCCCAGUACCUCCCGCAUGAAGCCUCUAGACAUGGGGCUACUAUGGCUGCGCUUCGUUGGGAACUCCACGGGGUGGAAAACCAAUUGAAAGCUGAGAAGGUCCUUGAUGUUGCCCAUAAAAAAUCAGAUGAUUAUAUCAAUGGACUCAGCAGGGAUGAGUUGCUGCAACUGAAAGGCAAGCUCGAGGCACUGAAGAGGGAUGUGGAGGCAAGAUCCAAGGAGUUGCAGAAGGAGGCUGUUGCUGCGUCUUCUUCUUCUUCUUCUUCAAUGUCAGAUGCCAAUGGACCACCAACUGAAGAAACUGAUGAUGAGACUGAUAUAUAUCAUUCCCCAUGA